AUGUGUUGCAAUAAGACAUUAGAAGAAAUGAUGCACCAGUCAUAUCAAGAAUUGAGAAACGAAAGAAACUGGCAGUCGAAAUUAUGCAUAUGUGAUAGCCAUAGGAUAGCUACACACGCAGAGAAAUUUUUUAACCAUUCAUUCGAGACGGUUGUAUCUGGCGGAGAUUUCGCUGCGAAGGUGCACUAUCAUAGCAGUUUUUUGUGCAAAAUUGAAAUGCAUGGAACAUAUAUGUUGGCAUAUGGCACUCCACUAUGGAUUUAG